AUGGAAACCAACCAAGAAGAUUCAAGUGAUUUUUUUUUCAGCAAUAUUAUCCCCGAUCUAGGUAAGCCAUCACUGCAUACAGUAAAACAAAGACGAUGGAGGGCACGUCGAAAACACAAGCUCCACUCAACUCAAUUACCAGUACCUCUCCCAACUGUAGAACAAGUUAUUGAACAAGAUUUGUAUUUAUCAGCUGGUGAUAAUGAAGAUUUUGAAGAUAAUUUACAUAUUGAUAGUGAAGAUUUUGAAAAUAACUUACAUAUUAAUGAUGAUCAUUUUGAUGAUAAUUUACAUAUUGAUGAUGAUAAUAUUGAGGAUAAUUUACUUAUCGAUACUGAUAAUUUGGAAGAUGAUUUAAUUUAUGAUAAUAACUGUAAUUAUAAUUUAAAUCCAGAUUUUAUUGAAUCAAAUGAACAAUGUAUUGAACAAGAAUUAGAUGAACCAUUAUAUGAUGGUGCACCAGUUACAUUUAUACGUUAUCAUAAACAAAUAUUAGAAUUCGGAAAUUUAGUUAAAUUGAACGGUUCCAAUAUGAACAAAUUAUUAAAAUUGAUCGGCAAUGCCUUACCAAUUGGAAAUAAAUUAGUAAAAUCACAUAGAAAGUUGGUUUCAAUUUUUCAAGAACGAUCGUCAUUCAAUGAAGUGCUGAGGUGUACAAAAUGUUUAGAAAUUAUUGAUAAUAAUAAUUAUUGUUCUAUAAUUUGUGAAAAAAAUCAAUGUCAACGACGAGUAGGUGAUAUUAUUGAACACAUUUCUGUUGAUCGGUCUAAUAGACAAUUGAUUGAAAUUAUUCGUCGAAACAAACACUUAAUAUUAAGUUAUCCACAACUUGUUGAUAAAUUAUUACCAUGUGAUGUUAUGACAGGAUUAGUUUAUGAAAAGAUUAUAAAAAAUCUUCAAACAUCAUCCAACAACACGUUCCCCAUUACAUUAAUGCUGCAUAUAGAUAGUACACCUAUUGUUCAUUGGAAUAAAAAACAUACGUGGUUAGUAACAGCAUCCAUUAUUGAAAUUCCACCACCACUCAGAGAAAAUCAAUUCAAUAUUUUAUUAUUAUCUGUAUGGAAUGCACCAGUCAAACCAGAUGCAGAUUCAUUGCUAAAAGAAAUUUGUGAUACAAUUAAACAAACUUUAAUUGUUGAUGAUAUUAAAUUUUCAGUCGAUAUAUUGUUAUUUAAAGCAGAUUUACCAGCUCGUGCUUUAGCAACUAAACAUGUUCAUCACAACGGAUAUUAUGCAUGCCUCGAAUGUGAUCAAGAAGGUGUAUGGUGCGAAAAAGCUCGAUAUGUUAUAUAUCCAUACAAUCAAAAUUCGGUAAAUCUUCGUACAUCAGAACAUAUUGAUAUUUGUGCCAAACUGAUUAGUCAGCAAUCUUCCGAUGAUAAUUGUUAUGGUGUAAGAGGUGUUAGUCCAUUAACAAAAAUAUUAGACAUUCCAACCCAAAUAGAUUUUGAUAUUAUGCAUUUAUGUUUUAUCGGUCAUUGCUCUUUGCUGUUAUCCAAAUGGAAGAAGAUGAUUGUUAAAGAAGCUUGGUACUCAGAAGGUUCAUCAUCAUUUCGUGUACAUGAUCCAAGAUUUGAUUGUCAUCAACCUAUUAAUCAAUGUAUUAAUCAACCUAUUAAUCAAUGUAUUAAUCAAUCUAUUAAUCAAUCUAUUAAUCAACCUAUUAAUCAACCUAUGAAUCAACCUAUGAAUCAACCAUUGUCUUCGAUAUAUAAUUCAACUACAAGUAAUGAUAAUAAUUGUGUAGCACCUGUUGCAUUAACAGCUAAAAAACGUCGAACUGUUGCUAGUACAUUGGUUGCUCCAUCAACUGCACCACUUCCUCGUAAACGAUUUAAUCCGAUUGUUCAAAGUACAGCAGCAGCAAUGAUGAAUAAUGUUGGUGGUGAAAAUACACUUAGUUCAAGAACAGUUGCUGCAACGACAAAGUCGAUUACUGAAACAACACAAAAUAGAAUUAAUCAGAUGAUGAAACCACUGGUAAAGUUAUGUGAAGAAACAAAUCAAUUAGUGAAAGAAAUAUUGCAACAGAUAACAGAACAAACACGUUUAAUCAAUGAAUCGAUUAAUGGUCCACGUGAAUUACAAAAAUUGAUUGAAAAAUUAUCUCAUAUUCUCCAUUUACAAGCUAAAGUAUUGCAAACACAGCAAACGAAUGAUGAUGAAGAUAUCGUAAUGACAUUAAAUGGAAUCAAUUUGGAUCACAUCGAACGUGGUUCUUCAUUGAAUGCAACAGCUAGAUCUGUAGUUCGUGCUGCCUACGGUGAAAAAGCAUCUUUCAAAGAUUUGGCUGAUGGUGAAUUUGAUCUUCUUUUGAGUUUUAUUGCUCGAAUUCAUCGAAUGAGUGUUGCAUCUGUCUUUGCAGACAGUCAAUCAAUUAAGAACUCGUUACAACAAAUGAAACACGACGUCAACAAGAAAAAAUCGUCGAGUAAGUCAUCCAUUACAGUAUCAAAACGAGCAACUUCGGCAACAGUUCAACCAUCAUCAUUAUUGAAUAAUGACGAAGAUGAUAGUGACGAAGAUGAUGACGAUGAUGAACUUUGA